AUGCACGCGGUUGGAUUGCACUCGGCGCUGGCCAUCAAGCGUCAAAGAAACCGGCGAGAUGAGCAGCGACGAGCCCGCGAGCGCCGCUACAGUGCGCAAUCCGGGGAAAGCGGCCUGACGUCUCCUAGAGCCUCGACGGGGUCCUUGGACCGGCACCACCGACACCGUCAUGUCAUCCAGCAACACCACGCCGGCCAGGGGAUGGUCGACUCCAAGGUGGUCACCUCUAUCGGGAUGCUCCACAUCGGGGUGGUCUUCCUCGUCCUGGGAGGCUUCCUCCUGGGCAGCGGACUCCUCCCAGGUGACCUGGCGACCUGGAGCUCCAAAGGCUCCGGUGGCUGGUGGAACGAGCUGGUCGCCACUGGGCUCUUUGCAGUUGUCGUCGGAAUCUUCCUGAUUGUAUUAAAUCGCGUAAUUGCAAAGCGGGAAGAAGACGACCUAGAGGAGUACGUCCAGAGACAACUCACCAGGUCCAGGUCCGGCCACAGACUCGAGAGGGACGUAGAGACCGGAGGACUCACCACCAGACAUGCCAGGAAAGCGAAGCAGCUCAAGAAAAUGACCUCCCUCAGCUCGAUCGAGCUUCAAAGCGAAAAAACCACCAGCUCUCCCCCCAGAAGUCCUCCUCCCGCGUAUUCCCCACCUCCAGUUGCGAAUGGGGACCACUCGGUCCAGCCGCCACUCUUUUUAGAGCAGAUCACCGAGGAGGAGAUCAUCAGCGACAGGCUGGAGACCUCGACUACCAACAGUCUCAGUCCAGGGUCGCCAAGCGAAACUAGAGAGCUACUGCGCAAUAAUUCUCGACACUCUAAGCAUAAUGGCACUCACACCCCCCAACACAACCACAAUUAUCACCAUCACGACGAGCAUCCUCCGAUUUACGUUUCUGCUAGGAAUUAA